AUGUCGUCUACCUGUGUGGUGCAGGAACAAUCACAAGCAGAUCUAAUUACCCUCGAGGCCCUGCCUCAGCAUCUUACAGAUGUUACAGAUCCCUCGAAUGAUCAAGUAGGGGCGUUUCCAGUUUUGGAGAAAUGGAACUCUCCGCGCAUAAAUAUCUAUCGAUCCUUUUCCACAUUCUGGAGUUUUCUCGUGAUGGGAGCCAACGAUGCCGCAUACGGUGCCUUGAUUCCAUAUCUUGAGUCAUAUUAUAAACUCAGCUACACGGUCGUGUCGCUCGUUUUCCUAUCGCCUCUGGUAGGUUAUACCCUCGCCGCCUUUCUUAAUCAGCGUAUCCAUACUUCCCUCGGUCGCCGUGGCCCGGCAUUGAUUGGACCAGGAUGUCACCUCUUGGCGUAUAUUAUCAACUGCGUGCACCCGCCCUACCCUGUUCUAGUUAUCUCAUUUGUCUUCGCUGGGUUUGGAAAUGGUAUUCAAGAUGCGGCGUGGAAUGCUUGGAUUGGAAAUAUGGCCAAUGCGAACGAACUGCUAGGCAUCCUCCACGGGAUAUAUGGUGCAGGUGCUGUUCUGAGUCCUCUUGCAGCGACAUCAAUGAUUACAAAGGCUCAUCUGUCAUGGUACUACUUCUAUUACAUUAUGGUUGCGUGUGCAGUAAUCGAAGUUGUGGCUUGUGGAAUUUGCUUCUGGAAUUCCACGGGGGCAAAAUUCCGUGCUUCGAAUGGAAAUGCACUUGAUAAUAAUAAGGGUGGAUUGAGGAGUGCGCUUUUCCGAAAGCCCUCUGCGCGAGUGACUUGGCUGUGUUCUUUGUUCUUGCUCGGCUACGUCGGCUUGGAAGUUGCAUUAGGUGGCUGGAUUGUCACAUUUAUGAUCCGCGUCCGACAUGGUGGCGCCUUUGCUAGUGGUAUGACGGCGACUGGGUUUUGGCUGGGAAUCACCGUGGGUCGAAUCAUCUUGGGAUUUGUGACUCCAAGACUCGGCGAGAAGGUGGCGAUUGCGGGAUAUAUUCUGUCUUCGAUCGCGUUUGGUCUGGUUCUCUGGCUUGUACCUCAAUUCUAUGCAUCUGCAGUGGCGGUUUCGUUGCAAGGCUUCUUUCUUGGUCCACUAUUCCCUGGCGCAAUUAUCAUGAUGACCAAGCUCCUUCCACAGCACUUGCAUGUCAGUUCCAUCGGGUUCGCAGCGGCGUUUGGUGGAUCUGGAGCUGCCAUUCUCCCUUUUGCGGUUGGAGCUCUGGCCCAAGCCAAGGGUGUCAGUGUCCUCCAGCCGUUUAUUAUCGGUCUGUCAGCGGCAAUUUUCCUGGCCUGGUUGGGACUUCCACGGGUUUCUAAGCAGAAUGUACAAUGA